AUGAUUUUGAUAAUAGCUUCGAGUGUUCUCUCUUGGAAUUUGCCUUCAGGUCACGAUAACUCUGAGAAAUCCACCGGCACAGACAACCCUCAAAAAGAUGAUCCUAGCCAGCCAAGUCCAAAUGAGCAGCCUGCUGAGAAUCCAAAUAAGAGCGAUGAUAAUAGUGAUAAGAAGGAGCCAGAUCAGCCAAAUGUUGAGAAUAACCCAGCGUUUCCAAAGGUUGGUGGAAACUCGAACCUACAUAGCCAAAUAGAAAGCGGCCAAAAAAAGAAAGCCAAAGGCAAAUUACGCUCUAAUUUGAGAAUACACAACUAG